AUGGCCACCGUACGCCUCCUCUCAUUGCUGGUCCUCGCGUUUCUGUGCCAAGAAGGUGCCCUGGCUGCAAACGUAACAAGCAGCAAGCCGCCGCUGCCGUCAAACAAGCAGCCGCUUUCGCCGCCGCCGUCAAACCUGCCGUCAAGCAAGCAGCCGGUUUCGCCGCCGCCGUCGACCCAGCCGUCAAGCAAGCAGCCGGUUUCGCCCCCGCCGUCGACCCAGCCGGCAAACAAGCAGCCGGUUUCGCCCCCGCCGUCGACGCUGCCGUCAAACAAGCAGCCGCUUUCGCCCCCGCCGUCGACCCAGCCGUCAAACAAGCAGCCGCUUUCGCCCCCCCCGUCGACGCUGCCGUCAAACAAGCAGCCGCUUUCGCCCCCGCCGUCGACCCAGCCGUCAAACAAGCAGCCGGUUUCACCGCGGCCGUCGACCCAGCCGUCAAGCAAGCAGCCGGUUUCGCCCCCGCCGUCGACGCUGCCGUCAAACAAGCAGCCGCUUUCGCCCCCCCCGUCGACCCAGCCGUCAAGCAAGCAGCCGGGUUCGCCCCCGCCGUCGACCCAGCCGUCAAACAAGCAGCCGAUUUCGCCGCCGCCGUCGACCCAACCGUCAAACAAGCAGCCGAUUUCGCCGCCGCCCUCGACCCAGCCGUCAAACAAGCAGCCGGUUUCGCCCCCCCCGCCGACGCUGCCGUCAAACAAGCAGCCGCUUUCGCCCCCGCCGUCGACCCAGCCAUCAAGCAAGCAGCCGGUUUCGCCCCCGCCGUCGACGCUGCCGUCAAACAAGCAGCCACUUCCGCCGCCGCCGGCGUCCAACAACCAGCCGCCAGUGCGUCCUCCGCCACCGGCACCGGCGGGCAAGCAGCCGCUUCCAUCUCCCCCAUCACCUCCAUUAACGAAUAAGGCGCCGCCGCCGGCCCCCAAGAAGUGA